GGUGAAGAAUGUGGUUGUUUUCUGGUGAAGUAUCUCACCUUUUCCCAUAGUAAAGAAUUAUUUUAGUUUAAUUAAAAAAAAAAAAAAAAGCUACAAAGUUUAAGGAAUCUAAGUUCCUGUCAAAUGUGAGAAGAGGAAGUGAGUACUGACUUUAGAAAUCAGAUUUCAACACCAAAUUCCCCCUAAAUGAGGUGACGUUUGGAAUCAGCUCUAUUUUAAAACCAUUCCUAGGUGCCCAGCCUCGCGCAAGGCAGAAUGGAUAAGAGGAUGGCUGAAGCCUGUUCUUGAACUUCAUGUGGUAGGGCUGUGCCAAGUGAGAAACACCUGUAAUAAAAGUAAUCGAAUGGAUGAAGAAGGACUGUGAGGGAAGUAGUGCUUCAAGCAAAACUAACAGUAGUGCUUCAAGAAAACUAACUUGAAGACUUUAACAUCCUAAGUGCCUUCUUCAUGUGUGCUGUGCAAAAUGGCAUUUUCACAUCUAGAUGAAUGUGUUGAGCUGUGGUAGGAUGGGGAGAGUUCUCACAUGCUAAAGUAAAGAACCGAUUCAAACCCUUUCCUCUCUGAGUAAAAUUGCCCACCUCCAGAACCCCUCCUGCAGAAAUUAUGGCACUGUCACAGAGUAUAUGUAGCCCCAGCUGAACAGAAGCAAAUGAAUUAUCAAAUGUGGAACCAGAUACUCAGAGUUUAGAAUCAAUGGCAACAUUGUGGAAUAAAUCACCAUAUUGUGUAUUCUUCUGCCUGCCACCCUAAUUAGUCCUCAUCCUGUAGGUCAGUUGCUUUUCUUGUAAGCUAUAUACCUAAGAAGAGGAAGAAUUUCUCUGAGGUUAUACUUUGGAGCAGGAAGAGUUCAGGCUGCCAGACUGGGUUACUACUUGUGAGUAUCCCAAGCCCUAGCCCUGUGACAUCCAUGGGAAGCUGUGUCCUGCCCCAGGUAUGGGGUGCUGAAGGCAUGGGAUUACUCAGGUCUGAGGCCCAUAUCCUGCCUCAGUAUGAGGAGGUGGCCCAGCAGGGAGCUGCUGUCACCUCUGCUGGAGGCAAGGAGCUGAGCCAGUUCACUGUAGCAAAAGGCUCCCUGGGGCCAUGGUAAGCCCAUCUGGGCCAGAACCUAAGAAAGAUUUCUUAAACAAUGAUGUCAUAAAUGGUGGGGCAGGGUGGGGUGCACAAGGUUACCAAGGCACUGGCUGCAAGUGGCCACCAGAAAGAUCCCAGCAGGUGUUUCGCUGGAACCCUACUGGCCUAGGUCUCGCUGACCAAGCCUUAUUUCUUUAUGUUUCUCCUGUGCUCCUGGGCCCCAGCGCUCCAUUUCUGCCCACAGUUGUGGCUACUGGUCCUGGUGGCCCCAUGUCCAGAAUGGGCCCAACACGCAGUCCAGCUGGACUCUGAGCCCUUGAGGCCCAAUUUUUUGUUUUUUCCCCAUCUCCCAACUGAAUCCAAUCUCCCACCUGAAUCGCUCCAUGCCCUUCCUUCCCCAGCAGAGCCGGGCGGAUAUGAUGACCAUGGACCUUCUGUCCUUAUGAAGAUGCUGCUUAACCCUCAGGAGUCAACU